GCACAGUGGCGGUCCCCUCUGUCGGCCGGAGUGGCAAUGGCGAUUCGAGCAUUUUCAAGAUCGAAGAUCCCAAUAUUCUCUGCAAAAAUUCUGCAAAACCUAAUCAAAGCGCCCAUUAAAGAGUCUACAAGGUUCCAAUUUCCAGUUUUAGAAGUGGGUUCGUACAAACCCCUCUUGGGUUCGAAGCUUUACCACGACGGAAGGCCAAGGGGACCCCUUUGGAGAGGGAAGAAACUGAUAGGGAAAGAAGCUCUCUUUGUGAUAUUGGGUUUGAAAAGAUUCAAAGACGAUGAAGAGAACCUUCGCAAGUUCAUUAAGUCCCAUGUGUUGAGGCUCCUGAAGAUGGAUAUGGUUGCUGUGCUCACUGAGCUUGAGCGCCAAGAGGAGGUUUCUCUUGCUGUUGAGGUGUUUAGAGUGAUUCGAAAGCAGGACUGGUAUAAGCCUGAUGUCUAUCUGUACAAGGACUUGAUUAUUGCAUUAGCGAAAUGCAAAAAAAUGGAUGAUGCGAUGCAAUUGUGGGAAAGUAUGAGAAAGGAGGAUUUGUUCCCUGAUUAUCAAACAUACACCGAAGUCAUUCGGGGGUUCUUGAGGUAUGGGUCACCUGCAGAUGCUAUGAACAUAUAUGAAGACAUGAAGAAGUCUCCAGAUCCACCAGAGGAGUUGCCAUUCAGGAUUUUGUUGAAGGGACUUCUGCCACAUCCCCUUUUGAGAAAUAGAGUCAAGCAAGACUUUGAGGAGAUAUUUCCUGAUCGGCAUGUUUAUGAUCCUCCAGAAGAGAUAUUUGGUGUACACUAAGAUACUUUAUUACAGGAGGACAUAGCUGGAGCAUGGACUAUAAGAUAGAGGGAGGAGCAUUCAUCCAGUUUGAUAACUAGGGUACCCAACUGCCUCUGUAAUCAGGUACUAUUAAGUUUGUAUUUCAUCUGGUUUCAUGGUUUCAAAGACUUGCUCCCACUUGAAUUGAACAGAGAAUGUGGAGAAGGAAGAAGGGCUUCUUAUUCUAAAAGAGGGAACAGGAGCAUGAGAAUUACAUUGCAGGAGAACUGAUUUCUGAAGAAGCUUCAGUAUUUGGAGUCUGUCUGAGAAUAAUGAAGUCUGGUCUAUCACAAGGAUUUGAAUAUUAGGAUUUUGGAAUCACCUUGGCAUCGUUAAGUAUUAUUUUGCAGAACAACCCUGCUUAGAUUUAUCCACUAUUUCUUGUUUUUAUUCCUAUGCCAUCAAAAUUUCAAGGCAGUCCAUAAGAGGUAGCAAGCUUUACAAAGAUGACACCCAGUUCACAGAAGCUAACAUCAUGUUCAAUUUCCCUCAAA